AUGACCGUCUCUGCGCAACUGUUACAAGCCAACCAACAUGGCCGUCACUGUAAACGGAUAUUCUUGAAUGUGGCUGCUUUGUUUUUUAUUCAGUACCCCAAGCAGCAACUGAUAUCCUCCAAAAUGGAUUUCCCGGCUUCCCCCGUGGAACAAGAAGUGUUCCAUGCAAUGCAAAAUGUCGACGUGGAGUGUUUGUCGCGAAUGAGCGAGGCAAAGUUGCGACCCAUUCUACCGGCUCUGGUCCGCAUGGCUCUGUGCAAAGCCGUCGACACAAGCGCAGAUUGGGCCGCUUCACGAAAAACCGUCUUGAAUAUUCUUUCUAAUUUUGAUGUUGUCAAUGGACUUGUGGCUCUUUUGUCUAUCGACUUCCAUUCUUUAGAACAAGACGUAAAGAAAGAGCAAAGCCUUAGAGAAAAAGUUGGUGGUGCCCAGUCUGAGAGUGUCCUGAUUUCUCAAUUAGAUCAGGGUCUAUCAUUGGAAUUUGAAAGAAGUGAUUGUGCUCGUAGAAUUCGUCUUGUACUCAGUGAGAUAUUUUUUAUUCUUGGACAGAUAAAGGAAAACAAAGAAUUUUUCCAUAAAAGUUCUGAGUUAUUUGAGUGUGAAAUUUAUUUGGAUGACAUCUCUGAUGUUUUGUGCAUUGCACAAGCAGAACUUCCUUCGUUACUUCCUCUAGUUUCUCUAGCCGAUUCUUUGCUCAGCCUCAAAAAUGGUUCCUGGCUUCUAUGCAGACUUGUGGCAAAUUCCCCAGACUCUUUUCAUGAAGUCUGCAAACAUCUUCUAUCACAAGGUGAGAAGCAAGAUGAAGACUCUCUUGGGGGUCAGCGACGGAUGGAAAUGCUACAAAUGCUCUGUGCUAUGAACCCUACAGAAACGUUGACUGUUCGUUCCUUAUGCGUACAACACUGCACAAUGCCGGGCUUGACUAUUUGCUUAACAUUGUUUAUGGUUCAAACCAAAAGUGAACUUGAAGCAGGAGAUGAAGUCAUGGAGACAGAUGCUGUCCAAAGUAAGAGUGAUCUUUUGGCUUUUAUCACUGGAUUACUCCUUGGAACUGACCAGAAUGUCCGAACUUGGUUCUCACAGUUCAUCAAAACAGGACAAAAAAGAAAGAAAGGCAAAGCAUUGUUGUUGUCUUCUCUUCGACAAACCCUCUUAAAGGAACUCCUGGACGUUGUGCCGAAGCCUAAUGAAACCAUUUCAGAAAACCAAAUCCUCAAUGCCAGUUCUUUUGUCAGACUUUAUUGUGCCCUGAAAGGAAUGGCUGCUUUCAAAUUCACAGACAUGGAAAUGAAAGUUUUACUGAACUUAAUUACCUCUCAUUCGCCACUGACGGCAGCAGGAGCUAGAUUUGUUUCCCUUGGACUCUGCUUACUUAUCUCCUGCCCUUACCUCAUGCCAUCCCAAGAACAAGAACGUCAAGUGGUUGAAUGGAUUCGAUGGCUCAUGAAAGUCGGGGACUCGUUUGACAAAGAAGCUGGCAGUACUUCCUUUGGAGAACUUCUCUUCCUUAUUGCUAUACACUUUCAUAGCAACCAAACUUUUGCCAUUGCUGAUCUUGUAUGUGCAACACUUGGCAUGAAGAGUGCAGUCAAGUCAAAUGCCUUGACAAAGCUUAGACAGAUUUUUACUCAGGAAAUUUUUACAGAACAGGUAAUCACAACCCAUGCUGUGAAAGUACCAGUGACACCACAGCUAAAUGCCAACAUUGCUGGCUACCUUCCCGUUCACAGUAUCUACCAAUUGUUAAAGUCCUGUUCAUUUGCUAAACACAAAGUCCCGAUCAAGGAUUGGAUCUAUAAGCAGAUCUGCAACAGUUCAGUACCACUGCAUGCCAAACUCCCACCACUGAUUGAAGUUUAUGUCAAUUCAAUCAUUGUUCGAGGAGCAAAAACAGAUUAUCUGAAUGAGCCAAUCACAGAACAGGAGGUUCUGGAUGUCUUCAAGGAAUCUGUGUUCACUGUACGUUCUAACCAUAGGCCAGAUGUUGACCAGCAAUGCUUAGCCCCACAAUUGCUCAUUCUUUACUACAUGUUGCUUUAUGAAGACUGUAUUUUGAUCAACAUGAAAAACCUUGUGACAUUUAAUCGUAAGGUGAAGACCUACCCAGAAUAUGUAAUGGAACAGAUUCCUAUCAACUUCCUUAUUCAAGAGGCUCAGAAAAAUCAACAACUUUAUGCAGGACUUUUCUCUCCGCUCCUCAAGUUAUUGGCCUCCCACUAUCCUCAUCUCUGUCUUGUAGAAGACUGGCUUGAAGAAACUGUAGCACCUGCUAGCCUUCUGCAUUCACUUGGAAGAAUGACCCAAACAAAUCUCAACCCCCAAACAUUCCAGAAAGCCAUCCAAGAUGUUGCCAAAAACCAUUUGUGUCCUGUACAUGUCUUUCAAAUGCUGGAAAGCUUGCUUCUCAUCCCUGCCCGUGACCUGCUCGUGUAUGCUGACUGUGUUGUCUCAGCUUUACCUCACAGCCUCAGUUCAAUGAUGCCACGAAAAGUCCAGGACCUUGUCAAGAAAAUCUGGUUUCGCCUCCAUGGACUUAUGCCACGAAGAUUACGUCUGAUGACAGUGAAUGCUUUACGCAUUAAUCAAUGUGGAGUAAGAUCUGCUGUUCCAUUGUUAGAGAAUGAUAUUACAGUUGACCCUCUUGUGGUGUUGCAAUGUGAUAAUCGAGUUUUCAGAUGUCCCCCAAUCCUGGAGAUAGUGUUGCGUGUUUUGGAAGCUUACAUCCAAGCCUGUCGAGUGUUUUUGUCCACUCAUAUGGCCUCAUACCCAGUAUUGGAGAGCUUGGGUCUACCCCAACCCCCAGAACAAGAGAAAAAAGAUAAAGACAAAGGAAUUGAGAAGAGUUCUGUAAGUCAAGAACAGGAACGACGGGAACUGAAACAUGCUUUGACUGCUGCACAAGAAAGUGCAGUUGUACAAAUUCUUCUGGAAUGCUGUCUCCGUCAGCAAUCAGAAAUGAAAGAAGCAAGUCUACUAACCAAUUUGCGAGAGGUUCAAUGUCUCAUUUGCAGCUUUUUGCAUCAAAUGUACAUUGCAGAUCCAAACCUUGCAAAACUGGUGCACUUUCAGGGCUACCCAAGUGAACUGUUACCUGUUACUGUAGCAGGAAUUCCUUCUAUGCAUAUUUGCCUUGACUUUAUUCCUGAGCUGCUGAGUCAACCCCAAAUGGAAAAACAGAUGUUUGCUGUUGAAUUGGCCAGUUAUCUGUGUCUGCAGUAUGCCCUCCCAAAAGCCCUAAAUAUUGCCCGCCUUGUCAUCAAUGUCAUGUUCACCUUAUCAUCUGCCUUAGCCACAGAAGAGCGUGUUGAAUACCUGAUCCGUACAGUUCCAUCUCUUGUCCGUAUUUGUCAAGCUUUUCCUCCCUUAUGUGAAGAUGUUACAAGUUUACUCACACAGGUUGGCCGUAUCUGUAUAGCCAGUCUGAGUUCGACAAGCAACAUUGUGCAGACAACUUUCCCUAAUGAUGAGGAGAUGGACAACAGCCCAGAUGUAUUGGCCAAUGGAAAUGGCCGGAAAGUGUCUACCUACGUGAAAGGAACAACCUCUGCACGUUAUCUCAAAUUACACCAGAUAGUGCGUACAACAUUCUCAGAGAUUGUACAGAAAGCAGUUGUCAUGAAAAAUAUGUACUGA